AUGGUCAAAGACAAAAAACUUUAUAAUUUAUUAGGAGUAGAACCAACUGCAAGUGAAGCAGAAAUCAAAAAAGGUUAUAGAAAACAAGCAUUAAAAUACCAUCCAGAUAAACCUACUGGUGAUACAGAAAAAUUCAAAGAAAUUUCAGAAGCUUUUGAUAUUUUAUCGAAUGCUGACAAAAGAGAAGUAUAUGAUCAAUAUGGUUUAGAAGCAGCAAGAGGUAAUGCACCAGCAGCAGAUCAAGGUAAUCCAUUUGGUGGAGCAGGUGGAGCAGGUGGUGGUUUCAGUGGAUUCGGUGGAGCUCCAGGUGGAGGAGGUUUUAGAUCAUCAGGUGGUGGAGGUUUUUCAAAUGCUGAUGCAUUCAAUAUAUUUUCCCAAAUGGGUGGAUUUGGAAUGGGUGAUGAUGGAUUUACAUUUAGUUCAAGUGGAUUUGGAGGACAAGGUGGACAAGGUGGUUCACCAUUUGGAAGUAGUGGAGGUUUCAGAUCAGGUGGAGGAGGAGGAAUGCCAGGAGGAUUUGGACAAAGAUCACAACCAAGACCAGAUCCAGAUACAGUAUCAAUGCCAUUACCAGUAUCAUUAGAAGAUUUAUAUAAAGGAGCCACCAAAAAGAUGAAAAUAACAAGAAAAGAUCCAAAUGGAUCAAGAGAACAAAAAAUAUUAGAAAUAAAUAUAAAACCAGGUUGGAAAUCAGGUACAAAAAUUAAUUUUUCAAAUGAAGGAGAUUAUCAACCAGAAUGUGGAGCAAGACAAACUAUACAGUUUGUAAUAGAGGAAAAACCAAAUCCAAUUUUUAAAAGAGAUGGUAAUAAUAUUAUAUUGACAGUACAUUUAACAUUCAAAGAAUCAUUAACUGGGUUUGAAAAAGAUGUAACAACUAUAGAUGGUAGAAGAAUUCCUUUAAGUAGGUCAAAUCCUGUACAACCAGGAUUUACAACAACUUAUCCUGGUUUAGGUAUGCCAAUUAGUAAGAGUCCAGGACAAAAAGGGGAUUUAGAAAUUGUAUUCAAAGUCGAUUAUCCAACUUCUUUAACACCAGCGCAAAAAGAAGCAAUCAAUACCAAUUUUUAA